GCAGGGUUUACCCAUUGCAUGUGCGCGGAAACAAAUUCACGCUGCGAUUGUCGGAUUGAAUUCCAAUCCACCUCACCGGUUACAAAAGCAACAAAUCGCGGUCCAACCUACACAAACAGCCGCAAAUUGUCGCGCGAGAUCUUUAAGAAACCCCGCUAUACGAAACUCGUUGGUCCGAUACAGGAAAGAUGUCUUCCGAGAAGCCUCUCCCUUUCAUCUACCAGUUUGCGGCUGGUGCUGUGGCUGGAGUCUCUGAGAUUCUGGUUAUGUAUCCGCUGGAUGUCGUGAAGACCCGCAUGCAACUCCAAACUAGUACAGCCGUUGGUUCCGACGCUUACAAUGGCACGCUCGAUUGCUUCCGUAAGAUCAUCAAGAACGAGGGCUUCUCGCGGCUUUACCGCGGUAUCACCGCCCCCAUCUUGAUGGAGGCUCCUAAGCGUGCCACCAAGUUUGCCGCCAACGAUGAAUGGGGCAAGUUCUACCGCAAUGCCUUUGGCCAGGAGAAGAUGACCCAGGGGCUCUCCGUUCUGACUGGUGCCUCCGCUGGUGCCACUGAGUCUUUUGUCGUUGUUCCAUUUGAGUUGAUCAAGAUUCGACUUCAGGACAAGGUCUCAGCGUCCAAGUACAAUGGCCCUGUUGACGUUCUCCUCAAGACCGUUAAGAAUGAGGGCCUCCUAGCUUUGUACACCGGAUUGGAGUCCACCAUGUGGAGACAUAUCCUGUGGAAUGCUGGUUACUUUGGCUGCAUUCACCAGGUGCGCCAGUUGUUGCCCAAGGCCGAGACCAAGAAGGGUCAGAUGGCUAGCGACAUUGUGGCAGGAUCAGUAGGAGGAACUGUCGGAACCAUAUUGAACACGCCCAUGGAUGUGGUCAAGUCUCGUAUCCAGAACACUACCAAGGUCGCUGGUGUUACUCCCAAGUACAACUGGGCCUGGCCCGCACUUGGGACAGUCAUGAGGGAAGAAGGCUUUGCUGCUCUUUACAAAGGAUUCCUUCCCAAGGUUCUGCGUCUUGGCCCCGGAGGUGGUAUCUUGUUGGUGGUCUACGGAGGAGUCAUGGAUUUCUUCAGGAAGAUGCGGGACGAGGCGGACUUGAAGAAGGUGUAGGGUUUUCAUGCCACGGCAUUAAUGAUAUCCCAUUACAACCUCGUUCUAUCAGCACAUUACAGGGGAAACGGUCCCCCUUGUACGAGAUUUUGUCCUCAUAUGGCAUGCUUGGGUAUUAGACAUGCUUGGCUUGGGUAUAGAGCCUGUUAUCAGAUUAUCAAGGAGGUUUCCUUCCACUUUAUGGCUAAAUUUAGAAAGAAGCAUAACUUUACACUGUUCAGUGUGUGUUGUUAGGCAAAUCGAUUGUUUACCAGCACGCACAUGCGUCUGCAGGA